CUGAAGCCAAUAAAAGUUUUCUCAUGUUUUAUGCGUGUUCUAGAUUCAGUAGCAAUAUAUAUAUAUGGCCAUGGUUUGAAGCUAGUAACCACAAUGCGUAGGUUUAGAUCGUAUCUCCUCAUAGUGGAGAAAUGAGUGAAGAUAAGACGGUUGAAAUGAGCGAAGAAGAGAUAGAGAAUGCUUAGAUGAACGGUUUCUUUAGAGUCUCAUCAGAUCAAACUUGUGUUCAUUUUGCUUGCAGCAUAUGAAGGAAGAGCUCAAGACGUUGGCUUAUUAGGUUUGAGUAGAGAAUGCUGCGAACAAAAAAAAAAAACUGAAAAUGAGAAGAUUUUUUGAGUAAUUAAAAUUUGUUUUGGAUUCGGUUUAGUCUAUACAGAAUCUGAUCCGGUCAAUUCGGUUCAGAACCAGAUCUAGUUGCUGAAAGGUUGUUUCCGGUUUAUUCGACUCUCAUAUAGUAAUAUAAAGGCAAAAUAAUCUAAACCGGAAAGGUGUACCGAAAUGGUUAGGAGGGAUAAGUGAAGAUUGAAGACAAGAUUGAUGUUGGUUAAGAAAGUGUCGUCUUCUUUGUUCCGCUGCAGCAGAGUAGGGUUGAGAAGCGGAUAGUGCGGCAUUCCUUCUUCUUCGUAGAGUAAGGAAAAUGGGGGCUUCGCUUCCUACUAAAGAGGCUAACCUCUUCAAGCUCAUCGUCGCUAUUGCCAGACUCUGGUGACCUUGAUCGCAGCUUCAUAUAUAAGCUUAUUGCCCCUUUUCGUCUCCCAAUUGCUCGGCAAACUAAAAUCUUAUGAGACUAAGCAGUACAAGAAAGGACUCAAGGCUGCUGAUGCCAUCUUAAAAAAGUUUCCUUCUCAUGGCGAGACUUUAUCGAUGAAAGGACUGACUCUAAAUUGUAUGGACCGCAAAACUGAAGCAUAUGAGCUUGUUCGGCUUGGAGUCAAGAAUGACAUCAAAAGCCAUGUUUGCUGGCAUGUACUUGGUCUCCUAUACCGUUCAGACAUCGAGUAUAGAGAGGCCAUCAAGUGCUACCGAAAUGCUCUUAGAAUAGAUCCUGAUAACCUUGAAAUACUCAGAGACCUCUCACUCUUGCAGGCACAAAUGCGGGACUUAUCUGGUUUUGUUGAGACCAGGCAGCAGCUUUUGACUUUGAAGCCUAAUCAUCGAAUGAACUGGAUUGGCUUUGCAGUCUCCCAGCAUUUAAACUCAAAUGCUUCUAAAGCUGUUGAAAUUUUGGAAGCGUUUGAAGGCACCCUAGAGGAUGAUUAUCCUCCUGAGAACGAGCUAUGUGAACACACCGAAAUGAUCCUAUACAAGGUUUCCUUACUUGAGGAGAGCGGUGCGUUUGACAAAGCUCUUGAGGAGUUGCACAAAAAAGAGUCGAAAAUAGUUGAUAAGUUGUCUUACAAAGAACAAGAGGUAUCUCUCUUGUCGAAGCUUGGUCGUCUAGAAGAAGCCAAGAAACUCUACAGGGUGUUGCUUUCCAUGAACCCCGACAAUUAUAGAUAUUACGAAGGCCUCCAGAAAUGUCUUGAAUUGUAUUCAGAAAAUGGUCAAUAUUCGUCUGAUCAAAUUGAGAAGUUAAAUGCAUUGUACCAGUCUCUAAGUGAGCAGUACACUCGCUCAUCCGCUGUUAAGAGGAUACCAUUGGAUUUUCUGCAAGAUGAAAGUUUUAAGGAGGCUGUAGGAAAGUACAUCAAACCUCUGUUGACAAAGGGUGUUCCUUCAUUAUUUUCUGAUCUCUCUUCUCUAUAUGAUCACCCUCGCAAGCCUGAUAUAUUGGAGCAACUACUUAUUGAGAUGGAAAAUUCGAUUAAAACUACUAGAAGUUACCCAGGAAGUGAUGUGAAAGAACCCCCAUCAACUCUAUUGUGGAUAUUGUUUUUCUUGGCUCAGCAUUAUGACAAGCGUGGUCAGUAUGAUGUUGCCCUUGGUAAAAUUGACGAGGCUAUUGCUCAUACGCCGACAGUGAUUGACCUAUACUCCGUUAAGAGCCGAAUAAUGAAACAUGCAGGAGAUCUGACUGCCGCUGCCGCACUUGCUGAUGAAGCUAGAUGCAUGGACCUAGCAGAUCGCUAUAUAAACAGUGAAUGUGUUAAGCGUAUGCUGCAAGCAGAUCAGGUGACCUUGGCUGAGAAAACUGCUGUUUUGUUCACAAAAGAGGGGGAUCAGAUCAACAAUCUUCAUGACAUGCAGUGCAUGUGGUAUGACCUUGCAUCUGGGGAUAGCUACUACCGUCAGGGUGAUCUUGGACGUGCUCUUAAGAAGUUUUUGGCUGUGGAGAAGCACUAUUCCGACAUUCAUGAAGAUCAAUUUGAUUUCCACUCGUACUGCUUAAGAAAGAUGACUUUGCGUUCAUAUGUUGACAUGCUUAAGUUCCAAGACCGAUUGCACUCAUUCCCAUAUUUCCACAAAGCAGCAGUCAAAGCUAUCAGGUGCUACCUGAAGUUGCAUGAUUCUCCGAAAUCAACUGCCGAAGAAGAUGAAAUGUCCAAGUUGGCUCCUGCUCAGAAGAAGAAAAUCAAGAAGCAGAAAAAGGCAGAAGCCCGAGCAAAGAAAGAAGCUGAGGGUAAGAGUGAAGAAUCAACUGCCAGUGUUGUCUCCAAGUCUGGCAAACGAAAUGUGAAACCUGUAGAUCCAGAUCCUCAUGGGGAAAAGUUAAUUCAGGUGGAAGAGCCAAUGGCAGAGGCUUCAAAGUACUUGAGACUUCUCCAGAAGCAUUCAUCUAAUUCUUUGGAGACUCAUCUACUUUCUUUUGAGGUUAAUAUGAGAAAACAGAAAUUUCUGCUUGCAUUCCAGGCUGUCAAGCAAUUGCUUAAACUGGACGCGGAGAACCCUGAUUCACAUCGUUCACUGAUUAAAUUCUCUCUCAAGACAGGAUCGACAAGUGCUCCAACGACUGAAGCUGAGAAACUUCGUUGGAGUGUCCUUGAGGCUGAGCGCCCAUCAAUCAGUCAAUUGCAAAAUAAAUCACUAGUGGAGGCAAACAAAGAGUUUCUUGCUAGACACGAAGUUUCUUUGGUGCACAGAGCUGCGUACGCAGAAAUGUUGUACCGUUUAGAUCCAAGCAAGAAAACCGAGUCUAUCAAAGUAAUUGAAGACUCAACCAAAAAAGUGGUUCAACCGAACGGAGCUCUAGGACUAGCAAGAGAGUGGAAACUCAAAGACUGUAUAGCAGUUCAUAAGCUUCUAGACACAGUUCUUCUUGACUCGGAAGCUGCCUCCAGAUGGAAAACACGGUGCGCAGAGUAUUUUCCCUGUUCAACUUACUUUGAAGGCAAGCACAGCUCUAUGAUACCUGAUUCAGUGUACAACUCGUCUCGCAAGAGCAAUGAGAAUGGCGACACACCAAGCCAUCCAAUGGGUCAGACUGAAUUCAGCGAUGGACAACUUGAAGCUAUUAAGAGCCUCUCGGUCUCUACCUGAAGCUCUUUUUUUUUUAAUUAAUAAGAGGCAAACCUACCCGGGAGAUAAUUAUACAAAAGAUAGAUAGCCUUGUAGACCUGGAUCAAACUUGAGAUUUAGUGAAUCUCUCGCAGAGGUGUGGAUCAAAAGAUGAUUGGAGUUGUAACAGUGCCAAAUGUGUAUAAUUGUUUUUCUAUAUAAGGAUGGGUUUCUCAA